AUGGGUGAAUUAACAGAGUUUCAGCUAAAAAGGCUUGAAAAUAUUAAGAGGAACAAUGAGUUGUUAAAGAAGCUAAAUUUGAGCAACAUCUCAUCUGAGAUCAAACGCGAAGCUGGCGUGGAUGAAAAUGGGGGCCCACAUAAAGAAAAGAAGAAGAGGAAUACGGGUGCUAAAAGGGUUACAAAACGGGAGCCUAAGCCUGCGCCAAUUCCUACAAGAAGAUCCAGAAGACUUAGAGGGGAAACAGUCGAUGGGGAUGGCAUUCCUAACGUCAACGAUAAUCAGCUUCUGAAGAUGGGACAGACAGAGAACAGCAGCCGUGAUAUGGAGGCAUUGGAGCAAUUGAAGAACACUGCGGUGUCAGGGGAUGUUAAGAUUGCGGAUUUGAUAAAGAGCGAAAACGAGGAUGAUUUAUUGGAUAAGUUUAGCAGUUUUGCUAAAAUGAACUUUUCAUCUGGAGAUUUCUUCAAGGAAUUACAAAAACACCAGAAGCCAACCCCGGAGGUCCAACAGCUACAAGAGGAUUUCGAUCUAAAAUUAUAUGACAUAUUCCAACCCAAUGAAAUUAAGUUGACCUUUGAGCGGAUCUCUGCAGCAUAUUUCCAUCCUUCCGUCGAUAAGAAGCUUGUGAUCUGCGGUGAUACGGCUGGUAACGUUGGCCUAUGGAACGUCCGUGAAACUGAACCCGAGGAUGAAAUGGAGGAGCCUGACAUCACAAGGGUCAAAUUAUUUACGAAAAAUGUGGGAAGGAUUGACACAUUUGCUACGGAUAGUAGCAGACUUCUAACAGCUUCUUAUGAUGGGUCAUUAAGAUCUAUAAAUCUAGAAAAUAUGCAGAGCGAAGAGAUUCUGGUAUUAAAGAAUGAAUACGACGAUGCAUUGGGUAUCAGCGAUUUCCAGUUUAGUUAUGAUGAUCCAAAUACGGUAUUUCUCACCACAUUAAGUGGUGAGUUUACCAGUUUCGACACCCGUACUAAACCUUCAGAUCUAAGUUUGAAAAGGUUGGCGGACAAAAAGAUCGGUUCUUUUAGUAUCAAUCCCAAGAGACCCUAUGAGAUAGCUACCGGUUCAUUGGAUAGAACGCUUAAAAUCUGGGAUACAAGAAAGUUAGUUGAUAAACCCGAAUGGUCGCAGUACGAGGAUUUCCCAUCGCUAGAGGUUGUGUCAGUGUACGAUUCUAGACUCAGUGUUUCUGCAGUAUCGUACUCUCCUAUGGAUGGAACACUAGUGUGUAAUGGUUACGAUGACACAAUUAGGUUAUUCGACGUCAGCAAUGUUCCUGAUCGUGAACUUCAGCCUAAGCUAACCCUAAAACAUAACUGCCAAACGGGUAGAUGGACAAGUAUCUUGAAGGCCCGGUUUAAGCCAAAUAUGGACGUUUUUGCCAUUGCUAACAUGAAGAGGGCAAUCGAUAUAUAUAACAGCGCCGGUGUGCAAUUGGCCCACCUACCAACUGCGACUGUCCCCGCUGUGCUCAGUUGGCAUCCGACCCAAAAUUGGAUAGUUGGGGGCAACUCCAGUGGGAAAGCCUUUUUAUUUACAGACAAGGCCGCAUAA